AAUGUGACUACAGUGCUAAUGAUGUGGCUAAACACAUAUCUGUGUGUAUUGUCGUAAGCCCUUCUGCUUCUGGCAAGAAAAUUAGCUACAAACCACAAUCCCUCAGCGAUUUUCUCACCACUUACGAAGACCGAUACCGUGAUUGUUUAUGCCAAAACCAGCUAACAAACGAGGUCAAUGGUCUCAAAACAAAACUAUCCAAUCUACAGACAUCAAUUAAUUCGUUUGAAACAACGUUGAAGGAUCAUGAUUUAAUACUAUAUUUAUAUAGAAAAUCAACUGACUUAAACGAACAAUAUCAAAAGGAAAUAGCUGAAAACAAAAGGUAUAUAAAUAUCUUAGAACAAAAGCUGUUUAAAGAAGAAGAGGAGAGAGAUUCCUUACAAGUAGCUAUAAAGCUUGUUGUUCAGGACAAACAUUAUCAAAGAGAGAAUGAAGCUCAACCCACAGUACGUAAUCAUAUUCCACAUUCUCAUAAAAAGUACCCUCAAGAAAUAAGAAUGGAAUAAGGUAUCCUUAAGCAGGCAGGAUCCCAAUACAAAACAAAUUCAACUGAAUCCAAAGCCAUUGCCUAUCACAGUUUAUAAUAGAUAUGCAAAUCUAGUGAUGAGGGGGAGUAGAAUGCUGUUAACCAACCAGAACAAUAUCAUGAAUGUUCAACAACAGAAAACUCUCAAAUUGACAAUUCUGAAACACCGCUCUCCCCUUGUCAGGAGUAUUUAACCAGUUAAUACUCCAAAGCAACCCACAACUUCAGACCACAGUAAAUCACAACAGCCUCUACAAGAUAGAAAUGAACAAGAUACUAGCCAAAAAGCUCGCUCAAAGAAACCCCACUAUGAACAAUGUAGUGCCUCGGAACAUCCCGAAGUACAACAGCCUCCACAAAACAGUAAUCGUAAUCUUCAGAACAGCAUUGUUUUAAUUGGCGACUCAGUGCUAAAGAAUAUUAUUUCUGAGAAAAUGACACAAAGGAAGGUUUACAAAUACACUUAUUCUGGAAAGACUGCAGAUCAAAUUGCUUCUGAGGUCGAGAAUAUUAACCUACAUGAAGCACUUUCGCAUGUAAUAAUCCAUGCUGGAACAAAUGAUUUAUCUCUGGACUCAAGUAAUGAUGGUAUUGAUAGUAUUGAAAACUUAUGUUUAUCAGUACAAAACAAAUUCGCUAAAGCAAAAAUUGGAGUAUCGAGCAUAAUCGUAGGCUACGAGACGAUAUCUCAGUCAAUGACAAGAUCCAGGAGGUGA